CUGAUAAUCGUAUAAUCAUAAUUGGUUCUUAGUUUGGUGACUCUUCCGGUGGUGAUAUAUUUUGAAUUUGAGUAAUUACAUUACUGUUUAACCGUGCUGUGACUGAUAUUCGUCUGGAUUACGUGUAAUUCACAAGUGUUGGUGACGGAACCUUUUCAGUUCUGGUUCAUGAGGUACUGUGCAAGCUCAUUGGAAAUUCAGCAGUACAACCUACGAAAGGUUCCGGCGCGACCUUGACUGCCGCGACGCCGGCACCAAUGCGAGCGCCGCUCGGCCGGCGGCGCCAUGAGCAUCCAGCUCCAUCUUCUCGGAGUCGGAAUCCUGGGCCUGGCCGCCCUCUCCCCCUCCAGCCCGGCCACCCAGGAGAGACCCAAACCCCCGCACAUCGUCAUCAUCGUUGCCGAUGACUUGGGCUGGAAUGACGUUAGCUUUCAUGGGUCUGAUCAGAUUCCGACCCCUAAUAUUGAUGCCCUAGCUUACAGUGGGGUCAUCCUAAACCAGCACUAUGGUGAAGCGUUAUGCUCACCCUCCAGGGGUGCUUUGCUCACUGGAAAGUAUCCUAUUCAUACAGGUUUGCAACAUAACCUAAUCAUGGAGCCAGAACCUUGGGGACUACCUCUUAGCGAAAUAAUUAUGCCUCAAUACUUCAAGAAACUCGGCUACAAAACCCACGCCAUCGGAAAAUGGCAUCUAGGUUUUUACAAAAAGAACUAUACUCCAACUUUCAGAGGAUUCGACACGCACUUUGGCUUCUGGAAUGGAUUCCAGGAUUACUACACUCAUCACGUGCAAGCAUCAUUUGCACCAUACGAGGGUUACGACUUACGGCGGAACAUGGAAGUGGUGCGUAUGGUAGGCAACCACUCCACCACGCUGUUCACAGACGAGGCGCAGCGACUGAUCGAGAGGCAUGACAAGUCGAAACCCUUCUUCCUGUACCUCUCCCAUGCGGCUGUCCACUCUGGGAACUAUGAGAACCCCCUCCAGGCACCCCAAGAGUACAUCGCUAGGUUCAAGCACAUCAAAGACCCCAACAGAAGGAUAUAUGCCGCGAUGGUGUCCCAUCUUGACGAUUCUGUGGGCAGGGUGAUCGAGGCACUAAAGGAGAACGACAUGCUCCAGGACUCGAUUAUAGUGCUCCUCUCGGACAACGGCGCGCCCUCUACCGGCCUUCAUGUCAACCACGGCAACAACUGGCCUUUGAAAGGGGAAAAAGGAACACCGUGGGAGGGUGCUUUGAGGACAAUUGCAUGUGUGUGGAGCCCCUACAUCAUGAAACCUCAUCGGGUCUCAACCGACCUUGUGUACAUAGGCGAUUGGUUGCCUACACUAUAUUCCGCGGCAGGUGGAGAUGUGAGUCAGCUCGGUGAGAUUGACGGCGUGGAUCUCUGGAACUGCAUCAGGAGAGGAGCCCCAUGUUCGAGAAAGCACGUCCUUCAAAACAUCGAUGAUAUCACAGGAUAUGAGGCUCUGCGGCUGGGUGCUUUUAAAUACGUCAGCGGCACAACGCUCCUGGGCUACCUAGAUAAGUGGGACCCUCAGCCGGAUUACUCGCAGCAGACGACAGCGACGAGCUACAACGCAACGCGGAUCUUGAAGAGCCCGAUUUCCCAGGCCCUCCUCGAGGAAAAUUUUUCGUUACCCAGCUGGCAGGAGGUCUCGGAUCUGCGCCAGGCGGCGACGGUGAGGUGUUCCCCGAAUGACGUCAUCAAGAGCACACCCUGCCGGCCGCGGAAGGAGCCUUGUCUUUUCGAUAUCUCCGCGGAUCCAUGUGAGAGAUUCAACCUGUAUCGACGGAACGAAUUCCGAGAGAUCAUCGACGACAUAGAGAAGAUGCUGGCCACCUACCGGAAAUCAGCAGUGAGACCGGGGAACAAACCACUGGACCCCAAAGCAAAUCCCGCGCUCCACAACAACACGUGGACAAACUGGGCCGAUUUCUUCGUCGACCCAUCCAAAGUCGAGCAACCGAGGAACUUCUUCCGCGGCCGAUAAAGCGCCUGCAAAUCCUACGCGGGCAACGCGCCACGCACUGUUGAAGUAAUAUUGUGUUCCCACAUUGAAAACGAAAUCGAGUUCACUUUCAAUCUAGUUUCGAGGAAUGGUUGAGAAUGGGUCAGGGUCCUUUGCGCUGGUCUCAGAAUCGCGUUUUCAUGCUUGAUUCUUUUAGAUUAGCUUAAAAUAAUAAGAUCUGUCCCAACAGCACAUUUCUACGUUGAAUAUU